GGGUUGCUUACGUUCGGUUCGCAUUUCUAUACUCUCUUUCUUAUAUAAUAUUCUCUUUGAACGGAUCCUUAAGUUUAAACUUUUUUCACCUUUAACACUCAAUCAUACAAUACAACUAACUUUACUUUCUAUUUCCACAAUUCACAACUUUUAAAUUUUUAACUACGUUACAAAUUCAUCUUUUUUUUAAUUCUCAAAAACAAAUUGAAUUAAAAAAUAUUUAAUACAAAAAAGUGUAAUCGAAAAAUAAAAGUUUAACAAAAUAUUCCGGCCUUGUUUAACAGUGUCGAUUUUUUGUAUAAAAUUUAAAAAUAUUGUUAUUAAACUAAAGCAAUUAUAAAUUUACUUCCGGAGACACUACAAACAAAUCUGAAAGAAUAAAACCUCGAAAAAAUAAACGAUAAAAGAAAACUAUAAAAAUCAAUAAUGUUGCAAUGCAUUUCAGUGGCAACACAAUAAGACACAAUUUUGUUUUUAAAGAAACUAUUUUAUUUUAAAGUGAAAAACUAUAAUAACCCCUAAAAAUAUAUACAAAUAACAAACAAAACCCAAGAAAAUGAAAACUUAAAAGUCAUAAACAUAAAAAUAGAUUUCGACGAGCCCUUAACUUUUUUUUUUAUAACAAAAUCUCUACAACGAAAAUAUAUAAAACUACAUCUGCAUUAAGUUACCAACAAAAGUCAACAACAAUAAUAAUCAACAAAACAAAAAUAUUAAUCUGCCUAAUGAAUUAACUACAUUAUUUUAUUACUUCAUUAUAAAUAUUAUUUAUCUGUAAUAAAAAACUUUUGCUCGUGCGGAAAUUUAAAAACUUAAACUUAUUUUCCCUAAUCUCCUAUAAACUCCGAUAUUACAAAAAAAAAAAAAAAAAAACAAGAAAAUCUUCCGUUUCCUUCUUAAUUUUAUUUCAAAAUAUACAAAGUACUAAAAGAAAAUGCCACGCUGUUUAAUGGCAAAGAAAUGGAAGGCCUAUCCAUGGCCCGACAGGUCCGAGGAUAAAACCAAUAAUUCAUCAGCUGCAUCCACACAAGUAACAUUAUCUUCACCUAGUUCCUCGACACCGGAACUAAGCAUACAGUUAAUACCAAAGAAGGAUAUUGAAACAAAAUCUCGUCGAUCUACCAUCGACGAAGAUGAAGAAAUCGAUGUUGUUGGUGAUAAUGUUUUAGUGAAUACAACAGCAACUCCAACUACUUCUGCUUCUGCUACGGUUAUUAUUAAAUCAAGUGAUUUAAAAUUGUCAAAUUCGCAAACCGCUACAAAUAAUACAACAUCUACUGCUCCAACUCCCUCCACAUUAUCAAUGACGACAUCCUCAUCAUCAUCAGCAACCACUUCGUCGUCAUCAAAAUCGUCUGCUACAGCAACGUGUUGGGGUCCCUCAUCUCCAACGGCUGGAGCUACAGCUCCUAGUCCUCCUCCACAUUCACCGGAAGCAGCUACACGUGGUACCACUAAUUUAUAUAAUGGUUAUAAUCAUGAUAUUUCGCCUCUACAUUAUACCGCGUACCUGCCUCGUUUGGAAAACGAAGUUACCGUCAUAACAAGCACCUCAAAUUUACAUCAACAACACGUCCCCGCUCACACUUACAACUAUCAAACGCCUCCGCCAUCAAACACGUCUUCACCUUCAUCGUCGCCCUCAACACGCAGCAGCAGUCUAUCUUCGCCGAGUGAACGUUUAAGUCCGCCCAUAAUACGCAUUAAAACCGAAAUGUCCUUUAACGAUGACAUCGAUGCAAGUAGUACCGAGUCGCGCAAGUGCUAUACAAGUACGGGGGCCGCAUUGUCAUUGCCUCCUAAAAAAAAAGAUAUCUAUCGACCAUAUUCGCUGGAUGAUAGACCAACAAAUGAACGCUUGCGUUUACGACAACCGGCAGAGGAAGAUUUACAUGCAGCUCAUGCUAUAUUGGAUCUUAGCGCAUCUACUGCAUUUCACCCACCCACACAGCCACAUCAGCUGCAACAACAGCCAUCAGCUCAACAUCAUUUAACUCACCAGCCUUUACAUCCCUUGCAUCAUAUAACCCAUGCUAUUCAGUUGCAACAGCAGCAGCAACAACAUCAUCAUCUGCCUCAGGAUGUAACACUCUCGGUAGCCACUAAUACACCCUCCAUAGCAGAUUUGGCUUUGGCGGCUAGUGUGGCUAAUGAGCAUCGACCCCGCUCUAAUUCUUCCAUGCACAGUUUACAAAGUAACUCCGAUAGUGAAAGGCAACCCAGUUCGCCGGGUGGCAGUGUACAAAAUGAAAACAAUAACACAACCAAUCAGUUUCCUAAAAAUUCUGCUGGUGCCUCUGUAAAAACUGUAGCCUACACUUAUGAGGCAUUUUUUGUAAGUGAUGGUCGAUCAAAACGCAAAAACAUUACAGAUCCGCAGGCUGUAUUGCAGCAAGAACAACAAAAGGCAAAAUAUACCUGUAGUGAAUGUGGCAAACAAUAUGCCACGUCAAGCAAUCUAUCGCGCCACAAGCAAACACAUCGUUCAUUAGACUCACAGUCCGCCAAAAAGUGUCAUACCUGUGGCAAAGCUUACGUGUCGAUGCCAGCCUUAGCCAUGCAUGUUCUAACGCACAAACUUUCCCACAGUUGUGGUGUAUGUGGCAAAUUGUUUUCGCGUCCCUGGUUAUUGCAAGGUCAUUUAAGGUCGCAUACGGGUGAGAAACCCUACGGUUGUGCUCAUUGUGGAAAAGCCUUUGCGGAUCGUUCCAAUUUAAGAGCUCAUAUGCAAACACAUUCGAUAGACAAGAAUUUCGAAUGUAAACGCUGCCAUAAAUCUUUCGCAUUGAAAUCGUACCUCAAUAAGCAUUUGGAAUCGGCCUGUCUUAAGGAUGAGGCAGACAUGCAAUUCGAUAGUACCAGUGAUAGUGGUGGCAUGACAUCUCCUACUCCCACUGAGGACUACAAUAUUCCUAGUUACUCACAACAAGCACAAAAUGGUUUUAAAAUAAGUCACAUUCCCCAGCCAGUACCAGCUGCGGCCGUAGUUAAAGUAGAGGCCACGUUUGCAGGUUAAACAUAAAUCCAACAACAAACAUAUUGUAAGUAGUUUUAAAAGAAAGUCUAAUCUAAUGAAAAAUAUUAAGAAAGUAUUAAGAAUCAUUCAAUUAAAAAAAAACAUGAAAAAAAGUUACGAUUUUGUUUAACA